UCGUUCUCUCCGGCUUCCCGCCCUCACUCCCCUCGGGUAGUCUGUGCGGUCCGGUGUCCUGUCUGCUGUCGGGACCCUCGUGUUGUCUCGGGUUCCGUACGCUGCCGGAGGCGGCUCGAUGGGACUUGGCCCAGCGCCGCUCCGGAGCUUUGCGCUCCCGGUGCAUGCUUUUCUUGGUGGCUGAGCUUGAGGGGAACUAGGUUCCAGCCGAGUUUGUGUUUAGCGGCGUGUUGGCGUGCACAAACUGGCUUCCUGUCGCUAAAUGUCACUGGUCCAUUUGUUUCUCUGUCCUCAGGCUAAACGCACCAAGAAGGUCGGGAUCGUUGGGAAAUACGGGACCCGCUAUGGUGCCUCCCUCCGGAAAAUGGUGAAAAAGAUUGAAAUCAGCCAGCACGCCAAGUACACUUGCUCCUUCUGUGGCAAGACCAAGAUGAAGAGACGAGCCGUUGGCAUCUGGCAUUGUGGUUCCUGCAUGAAAACAGUGGCCGGCGGGGCCUGGACCUACAAUACCACUUCUGCAGUCACAGUGAAGUCUGCCAUCAGAAGACUGAAGGAACUGAAGGACCAGUAGACGCCUACCUUCUGAGACUUGCCUGGUCUGCAAUAAAUGGGCUAAUUUACAGAACA